GAAGGCGCAUGUGUGUGGAUGUAUCCGCCUUGUAAGUUCAUCCAUGGUAGUUCCAUUAUUCGUCGAUUGUGUAGCCACCGUGGGCGUAGAUUAUCAAGCGAUGAAAAGGACUACAAAAUGCGUAAGCGUUGCCAAUACCACAAACUGUUGCAGUGGGGAUGGCAAUCUGGGGUGUCAAUUGGGGUGACCAUUCGCGUUUCUUUUGCGAAGAGCUUCGUCAGAGAAGUGACUGCAGUGAAGAAGGAUGUGAUUGUGCUUCUUGACGUUGGGGAUUCUAUGGGUGAUAGUCUUCCUGGCGACCUGUUGGUCACCGAAGGCACAAGCAAAUUGAGCGUGUUCGUGGCUCUUGUGGUCGAGCUUCUGGACACUGUAGCGUAUGCGAUCACUUUCAAUAUUUCUGGGGCAAGUGUCGUCCUCUCUCUCGUAAGUAUCCACUUUGACAUUACGUUUAUCCAAAAGUCCGCUGCUAUGACAUGUCAGCCUUCUAGAAAAACUUUGGUUUUCAUCCUUUUGUAAUGCACAUACUUCAAAAUUUGAUAAAGAUUUAUAUCUAUACUCUCAUAAAUUGUAGCUAAGGGACAUUAAAUUUCUUGCCAAAGCAUGUCACCAACAUUUAUAUUAAUACUAGUAUUUAUUUAAAUAAGAAGAGUUAGAUAGAAGUAAGUAAAUUUGAUAAUAGCUUAUAAAAAGGCUUCAUAAAUAUGAAUUUGACUUUCUAAGUAUUUAUAGAUGAUUAGUAGAUAAAAAAAAAUUUGACCAACAAAUACGCACAUGUUGCACAUAUUGACUACUUGUUUUUUAAGUUAGCGACAUGUUGUAUAUACUAGCCACUUAUCAUAAAGCUGGUCCUAUGGAACAAAUGUUAGAAACUUGUUAUGUAAGUUAAACAUGAAUCUUUCAAGUUGGAUAUGCAUUGGAUGACCUAUAGAAUGUUGCUACAUAGCUUUUAGUUAGAUGAUAUAUAUGGAAGUAAGAGUAAGGCCUUUUUACUCUUAUCAAUUAUUUUUUUGCUUUUAAUCUAGUUUUAAUAGU